UUAUUCGUUCCUUCUUUGCAACAAGUGUCAAUUGGUCCUAGCUUGAGGCCGUAGAAGCAAGAGCAGUUCAUUCAACAGAACCACACCAAUUCAUUCUCAGUAUAUACAGUAUCUGUUUGAAAGAUCGAAGGAUGUAGUCUGUCUUCUAUCAUUUUCCCCAUUUAUGCAAUGAGCAAUGAACAAUCAACCUCGCGUACCCGCCCAAACUAUGUGCCCUUAACCGAAGCUGAGCGCAACAAUGAAAAUGCGCUUUGGGUGACGCCCCACAUGGUUGCGAACGAUCAAGAAGUGUUGGACCAAAUCAAAGUCAUAAUCGGAGGACACUUUCUUGGGAACUGGGCAACAUACACGGAAGUUGACCCCAAGGUUCGUGAACUUUGGUGGAACCUUUUCAAGGGUCGGUUUCGAUGGACUGAAGCCCAAGGUCCCGCUAUUCUUAGAGCGUAUAACGCUAGGAUUUCAAACUGGCUUCGUCCUACUUUUAGGCGUGCCCGAACGAGCGGGGUAAAGCCUGGAUGGUGUUCGGAUGAGGUGUGGGCUAACCUCGUCCGUCACUGGUCUUCUGAUCCAAACUUCUUGGCAAGAAGUCAAUCCGGUAAGAAAAACCGGAUGUCCGAGAAGGCCUUAGAAACCCAAUGGCAUGGGGGCCGCAAACCUCAGAGUAGACAUAAAGAAGAUCUUUCGGGGCCUGAGAAGAAGAAGGUCUCAAUUCUCAAGGUCAUCAAGCACUGCUGGACAAAGCACGGCGAUGAGUCCGAUGCCGAUCUGCCACCACGCCUCGCUGAAAUCGAAUCGAAGUAUAACACAAAUGUUGAGAAGAGGCGGGCAGAAUUAGGCUUGACUCAGGAGGAUGAGAUUGAUUCUGAUGUGGAGGAUGAUGCCAUCUUUGAGGCAGUUGGGGUGUACAAGGGCCGGGUCCCGUGCAUGGGGGCUGAGGGGCAACGGAUCUUGUACGACCGCAGCGGUGCUUCAUCUUCCCGAUCAAGGCGCGGAGAGGAUCCGCGUAUCGCUCAAAUGCAGCGGGAGAUGGAGGAGCAGCAGCGGGCCUUGGCUGAGCAGCAGCGCACCUUGGAGGAGCAACGCAAAAAAGAAGAAAAAACAAGGGCCCGGCUGGAAGAGAUGGAACGGAUCCUCAGCGCCGGAAUUCGGAAUCAGCCUCAGCCUCAGCCGUAUGUACUGCACCCUGAGCAGACACCUCAAGUUCCGCACAUGGGCGGUUAUUUCCGUACCAACUCUGCUACCGGGUUGCCUUCAUUUGGUUCUAUUCAGGAUAUCAAUUUUCACAACCUGUUUCAAACAUCUGGAGGCAGCCAAGCAGGUGGCAGUCGCGGAGGUGGCAGUCGCGGAGGAGGCAGUCGCGGUGGCAAUCGAGAAGGCCAAGCUGGAGACAACCGAGAACAUGAGACCGAAGAUGAUUAUCUAUAUGAUGAUUCUAGAUAUUAUCAUAAUGGUAGCCGGAGGAGCUUGUAAAUGAUAUACAUUUUUAUUUGAACAUUGUUUAUUUACUAUAAUUCUAUUGUGCUUAUUAUUACUUUUA